AUGUUAUAGAUUGGCCGCAUAUUGCCAAAUACUAUAAUAAAAUAAGGCUUAAUAUAAAACAGCAUUUUGUUAUUACAUUUGAUAAUAUAAAGUAAAAACUUUUUCCAUAAGCUGACUUCUUAAAGUUAACAAAUUUUUACAUAUUCAAAAACUAAAAAAAAUGUUACUGUUCUAUUUAUCUCAGAUGGAUAAGAGGACUGUUAUAGAGAACUUAUCGAAUAAACAAGGCCAUCUGUAGAAAAUAUAAAUUUUAUUUGCAUUGCUGUUGGCAAUUAAUUUCCUACAUUUAUUUCAAUGAAUUUAAGAGAAAUGUACCAUUAUGGAGAUAAUUCUAUUCCUCCGUUAUUUCUAGUUGAUCGCAUUUCAAUUUAAAAUUUGAUAUCUAAUUAUUCAUUUCUUCCUUAAGUAUCUGCAACUAAAUUUAUGAAACGUCAAACUUCAAUAAAGAUUUUGCCUUGUUAUUAAUUUCCUUGUGAUUAGAUGACAGAAAUAGUGUAACCAAAUUCUUGGGUUACAAGUUAUUCAGAUGAGUUGGUAACAGAAAAUGGAAAAUUAGAAAAAAUAGAAGUAAAAGGAGUAAAAAUUGAAUUAAUUGCAGGCUUUUAGUUAUAAAAUUUAUGAUAAUUGUCUUUAAGAAAAAAGUAGCAAAGGAAGCUUAAAUAAGCAUUUUUAGAGAGAGUUUAGGGAUAGUAAUAAGCAUUUAACUAAAUACUUUAAAAACUUAGGUUUUUGACUUCUUCUUAAACGUUAUAAGAAUUAGAUGAAGCAACAGCUGCAUAAAGACUUAAAAUUGGUACUUAAAUUGGAAGAUAUUACGUAAAGCUUUGA